UUAAAAAGAAGAGCUUGGGUCAUUGGGCUGGUUUUUUUUAACUGUUGUCAAACGAUUUCUUUCGGACAAUGAUCUUGUCACAAAAAGAAUGCAAUCAACGUGAGUUGCAAGCUUUUCUUAAGAACAAAUCAAGUGUCGAAAAAAGUUUUUAUUUCUGGAUUUUCAAAAAAUAUUUAGUAGAUUUGAUCGCUAAUUCUCUCUUGUCUCACAAGCAAAAGCAACAAGUGUGAAUCAUGCAAAUGGGAAGUUCAUGUUUACCUCCUGGAUUUAGAUUUCAUCCAACUGAUGAAGAGCUCAUAGGCUAUUACUUGAGUAGAAAAGUCCAAGGUCUCGAGAUUGAGCUUGAAGUCAUUCCUGUUAUCGAUUUAUACAAAUUCGAUCCCUGGGAGUUACCAGAUAAAUCCUUCCUACCCAAUAGAGAUAUGGAAUGGUUCUUUUUCUGUCCGAGGGACAAAAAAUAUCCAAACGGUUCUCGAACCAACAGGGCUACAAAAGCCGGUUAUUGGAAAGCAACAGGUAAAGACCGGAAAAUCACUUGUAAAUCAUCUGGUGCUAUAACCGGAUACCGGAAGACCUUAGUUUUCUAUGAAGGUCGUGCCCCAUUGGGUGAUAGAACUAGCUGGUUUAUGCAUGAAUAUCGCCUUUGCGAUGACGAUCUUUCUCAAAGAUCACCAAACUUCAAGGGAGCUUUUGCGUUAUGUCGUGUAGUCAAGAAGAACGGACUUAAGAUCAAAACUUUGAAAAAUAAAAACGAACAAGUUAUUGGUUCAGGUUGCUCUAGCCUUGCGAGCUCUCCAUGUCGAGAUGAAACGACGCAGUUUCAAACUUUCAAGCCUUCUUUAACUACAAACGAAUCUCCUAGCAUUUGGAUUUCUCCUGAUUUCAUCCUUGAUUCCUCAAAAGAUUAUCCUCGAGUUCAAGAGGGUGCUUCUGAGUACUUUCCCAACUACCAUUUUCCAGUCAAUGGUGCGAACCACCAGAUGGGAUUUCCAGAGAACUCUUAUUUGAACAUUGAUCAAUCUGUCCAAACCGGGAACUGGCCAAAUUAUGAAUAUGACCAAACCGGUUCAUUCGAUUACUCAAACCUUUUCUAGGUAUAAGCAAAUGUGCGGGUCUCUUCAGGACAGAAACGCCUUUUAAUGUUGGAGUCCUCGAAGAAGAUAAAAUUGGUUUUUCAUACAUUUGGAGUCUCUUGCAUUUUAUUUUUAGAAUAUAUAUAUAUAUAUAUAUAUUGGUUUUUGCCUUUUUGGUUUUGAUUUUAGUAAUGAUAAUAUUUUAGGC